AUGGAGUGCGGCAUCUGUCAUGAAGUUCUAGACGAGGAAGAGCAUUGUCCUCUCCUGCUCCCUUGUUCCCACUCUAUCUGUGCAACCUGCAUCGUGGGCCUCAUCGAUAAAGGCACAAAGUCCUGUCCCUUCUGUCGUCAGGCUUUCAGUGGUACAUCUACAAAGUCCUUUAGCCCUAAUUUCGCCUUGCUUGAUAUGCUGAAAUAUGUCAAAAGAUUAGAAGAGACCAGUGAGGGUCCUUUACCUGAAAUGAGGAAGAAAAGGGCUUUUGAAGAAUGGUUCACGGUUAUUGAAAAUGACAUCGAAAAAAUUUGUCGUGAAAACAAAAUGACUUGUAGUGAUAUUGAAAACUUAAUGGAAAAAAAUGCAAGACUAGAAAGCUACUAA